GCAUCGGCAAUAGAAGAGAAUUUUGGGUUUUGCUGUUUUUUUUACACUCAGAAAAAACAGAGAAACACAAACACGAGCGAGAGCAGCGAGCGAAGGGAAGGAAAAAACAGUUUGUUCGAGAACUGACCCCAGAGAUCUUCUCUUUACGUGCUCAUGUGAGGACCCAAUUCUUCUUCUCCUUCUUCCGGUGCUUGGAUCUGCACUUUUCGGUGUUUUCUUUCAUUCUCGCAAGCGAACUCGGUCACGGGUUAAUUCCAAUUUUGCGCGCUGGUUUUUCCCGCACGACAAAAAGCUUUCGGGAAGUAUUUGUUGGGUGGUCGAAGGUCGAGAAAGGUUCUAGAUUGACGUGGCUUUGGUUCGUUUGAAUCCUGAAGGGGUUUGUUUGUUCGAAACCCACAAUUCGCCCACUUCAUCUCAUGAAAGAUUGACUCAUGGAUCCUGAAGGCAAAAAGUUUGGAGGAGGACCAAGGGAAUUGACUGGUGCUGUGGAUCUUAUAAGUCAUUUCAAAUUACUACCCCACUAUGAAUUUUUCUGCAAGAGGUCUCUCCCUGUGUCAAUUGCGGACACACACUACCUUCACAAUGUUGUAGGAGACACAGAAAUAAGAAAAGGAGAUGGGAUGCAAUUGGAUCAACUUAUUCAGAAUACAUCUUCAUUCAGAGAUACAAAUGCUCGUAUACAGCCUUUUGACCUAGAUGUUCUCAAGGAAGCUUUUCAAUUACGGGAAACAGCUCCCAUUGAUUUGCCUGCUGCAGAGAAAGGGAUUCCAACUAUUGCAGGAAAAUCAAAAGGUGAGAAUAAAGACAAGGAGAAGAAGCAUAAAAAGCACAAAGACAAGGAUAAGGAUAAGGAUAAGGAUAGGGAGCAUAAGAAGCACAAGCAUCGCCAUAAAGACCGUACCAAAGACAAGGACAAGGACAGGGACAAAAAGAAAGAUAAAAGCGGACAUCGUGAUUCCAGUGCUGAUCACUCAAAGAAACACCAUGAAAAGAAAAGGAAGCAUGAUGGAGACGAUGAUGUUAAUGAUGUGCACAAACACAAAAAGAGCAAGCACAAGAGCUCAAAAAUUGAUGAAUUGGGGGCAAUUAAGGUUGCAGGCUAAAAUGGUACCGUACAGUAGUUCACUUCUUUUCCUCAAUUGGUUGUUGUCAUUUGUUAAAUUUGGAGGGGUCUUUCAAUUGACAUUAUCAAAUUUCUUGAGGGUAGCUAGUGAUCUGACUAAAGAUUAUCAUGAUGGUGAAUUCACCUGACGAAGGAAAAGGAUGCAGGUAAAAUUGGAUGAAGAUAAACUUUUUUUUCCCUUUUGUACAAUAACAAUUACCUUAUAGGAUUGGCAGUAAUUUGCAAAACUGUAGUCUUCUUCCUUUUCCCAGUCUUUUGGAGCACUGGAUAUCUCAACAUGUAUACAUUAUUUUGGUUUUUUAAAAAUAUUUUGUAGUGUUCUUAAUUAAUUGGUAGUUUAAACUAGAGGUAACAGUUUCUUGUUUAUGUUAAUUGAAUUAACUAUGGGGGGUAUGUAAAUUGAUUGCCUUGACCUCAA